AUGGCUGAUUCUUCUUCUCCUAUGGCAUCGACACAAACCCAAGUCAAAGUGGUCGACCCUUCCAAGAAAAUUUGGUGCUCAAGUCGUGAUACUAUCGCUGCCUCUGAGCGCGGCGUUGUAACCAGACGCAAUAAGAAAGUGGAGAGACCCAGUAAUCAUAUUAUUGAAGAAGUAAUUGAACCUUUGCAUUUACUUGGAGCCUUUGUUGGCUACCAUUCGCCCAAGUAUAAGACAUUAGCCAGUAUUUGCCUUUUCCUUUUCUACCUCAACUUGAUCAUUUCGUCCACUUUUAUCGUCUAUUUUACGGCCAUCAAUCUCUACCUCAUCGUCUAUUGCAUCGUCGCUGUCAUGUAUACCCUUAGCGCUGGUUUAUGUGCUUACUAUGUCAACACUAGAACGCUGCCCUAUAUCGAAAAAUCCAUCAAAGCGCUCUAUCGUGAUAAAUUAUAUAUCGAUAGUUUAGAAUCGGUUCGAGAAUUAAAUAAGCCAUCGACAUCGUUAAAUCCAAUAUUAAGUUUAGAUUCAUUCUGUGCGUUUAUUGGACCACUUGAUAGCAAGUUUAAAAUUGGAUUACAACAACAAGAUACACGUUAUCAAUGCGCUAGUGAAAAUUGGCUUUCACUAGCCAAUUUUAAUACGUGGAUGAUUUCAAUCAUGGAAAAAUAUACCAUAGCGCUUCCAGUACUUGCAAUUCUCUUGGCAGUAUUAGAAUUAGGCUGUCAUGUCAUUGCUGGAGUCAAUGCUUUUGCCAGGAUUAAAUAUCAUAUUGGAUAUGGUAUUAUUAUCCCUAUUCAUUUCCUACGAUUUAUAUCGCUAUUCCAUAUAACGUAUGCCUACUGCUAUUUUAUGGCAUGUGCUGUUACCUUGAUGUCUUUGACCGGGCUUUCAAUGCGCCAAUGGACAGAACAAGCUGGAAGUGUUUUACGUGUUUCACCUCCGGAAAUAUCAUUUGGUGAAGCGGUUCAUUCUUUCGGCUUAAGAUCAACAUUUGUCAGUGAUGCAUCAAAAGCUUGCGAAGGCAUGCUGACCGUCACAUUUAUCAUCAGCUUUAGCUCAAUCGUUCUCAAUUCCUACAAUUUCUUAUUUACCGAAAGAUGCGGUGUUUAUUUAUGGUCAGUUGUAAUAUGUCUAUCUCAAGUUAUAACACCACUGGCGGUAUCAGCUUGGGCGACAAAAGCAUAUCACGACUAUACGCUUAUAGUUGUGCAAGCAUGGGUUACACAACCUGAUGAGGACGACAUCAAGGAAAUGGAAAAGCAGAAAUCCAUGCAAUCUGGAGAUUCACCAAGAAAAAGAACCUGGAAAGAUGUUCUUCGAAAAAAUACCAAAAUUAAUCCUGGUGCUCAGAACAUAUUGAAUACUGGAAAUAAUCUAGCUCCACCUUCAUCUGAUACCAAUUCUCCACAAGCAACUCACCACAAUCGAACAAAUAAACUCGGCAAUAAUGAAGAUGAUAAUUCCUCCGCUCCAGAAGAAUCCAACUCACCACGAUCCAAUUUAUUGUUAAAGCUAAAAAAUUUAAAAAGUAACGAAGAAUUAACGCCUACACAAGAUGAAUCAGUCUCCAAUACUAACAUAACGCUUAAUUCUCCUCGUUCAAAUCUACUAUCGAAAUUAAAAAAUCUCAAAGAAAAUGAUCAACUACCUCCUACGCCUAUCCAAUCGCUUCGCAAGAGCAGCUCUAGUAAUAGUCUCCAGAUCAAAGAAUUUAGGGAUUCAUUAACUAAUAAUAAUAAUAAUAAUAAUGAUGUUGUUAUACCAAUGGAACCAUUAUCAGAUAAAGAAUCACCGACUACCAAUACUAAUGGUUCUGGUAUCGAUAUCACUGCUGGAAGUGAAGGCGGGGUUAAGAAAAGAAAUCCUUGGAAAUUAGCCUUGGAUACUGCAAAAGAUGAAAAGGAAAGCUUCAAUAACGCUGAUGUUUCCAAGUUAAACACUUCUGUUGGUGAUGGCGGUAGCGAUAGCAAUGAGGGACCUUUGCCAUCUCCAGUAAAAGAAGAGAAAGUAGUCAAAGAAAAAAAUAAUCAAUUUUUAAAUCUAAUUCGCGGAGUUGGUCUAGUUGCUGGUAAACUACGACGGAAACGAAAUCAGCAGCGCCUAAACUUUGAAAAAUACAUCACUUACUUGCAAAGUAUCAAAUCGGAAACUGGAUUCUCGGUUAUUCGAUCAGUGAUGACAUGGGGUGGUGUAUCCAAUUUUGUAUUUAUAGUAUUUUCUGCUGUGGCAGUCUUUGCCCAAGAGGCAAUUUUUGGCGAUGCCACGGACAGGAAUGUGAAUGCUUGCUUAAACAAAACUGUAAUUUUUCUACAAAAUUUAUAG